AUGGACACCUGCAUCGCUGGCAUUGGGGAAGCCAGUCAGUUUCUGGACAACGUGAUUAUCAAAAGUGAUACUCUGCAGGUCCGGCCUGGUCAUAGUGGGAAAGAAGCAGAUGGGGUCACUGUCUACCGGCGUUCUUGUCCCAUUUUUGCGGAGUCAUUCUUUGACGCAGACCAUUCCGGAGACGACGAAUGGGCCCUGUCCUUCUGUCGAGUCGCCUACGGACUCCGAGCGAAGCUGAAUGCAAUCGAUGACGACUAUAUCCGCGACUAUAUCUUGUACGUGCAAAAGUCUCCGUGCCAUCUGUCCGUGACACUGGAUACCGAGAACCUGUACCUCAGCAAUUGGCGCGAGAUCGGUGUGUAUGAUGCCGAUUUUGGAGGCAUGUUGGGCAAGCCGCUCCGGAUGAGAGCUCCGGAUGGAUACACCGAUGGCCUGAUCUUUGUGAUGGCGCAGCGGAGCGACGAUAAGUUCGCGCCGUGGGAGUUUAAUAUCUCGCUGGAGGCAUCGACAAUAAAGCGGAUUGUGCAUGAUCCCCUCCGGUGCAAGUAUGUUGAGCUGGAUGAGUUCUGGCAUAGCGAGCUUCACUUUCAGGGACCGGCAGAUUUUCGAUAG